UCAAACGAAUGUUUUUGUUCGAAUUUUUGCACAUUUCAUGCAAGAUUACUUUUUUUACGUAUGAACUGCUCUUCUUAUCUUAGAAAGUGGUACUUCUUCUCAAAUGUGAAUGAAUUAUGCCUGUGGUAACGAGAUCGUGUAAAAAACAAAAGGGAAGACCGAGGAUCGAAGACGCGACUCCAGCGACUUCAUGUAUCUAUCGUCGAAGGUAUCCGACACGUUCCUCUGUAAAACGAAAGAUACCGGUAAUUCAACAAGAAAAGGAGAGAAAUGACUUGGAACCACCCUCGAAGAGGGCUGUAAGCAACAGAUCUUCCAGAAAUAUUUCUAAAUCUUCCAAGAAGUUACCCUUUCAAGACAUUGGUAACACUUUAAACCAAGAUCAAGGUUGCCAUAGUAAGUCACAUGCAAGCAAGAUUUCAAGAUGUGUGAGUCACAAUAAUACCAAGAGAACAGCCAAGUCACAACCAAACAAAGAUGUUGUUAACAAUGGAAACUAUGCAGAGAAAAGAAGUCCCUCUUUAGAGAAAAAUGAUGGUGUUCCUGAUGGCAAUGUUGUGGAUCCCAAAACACCUGCUGACUGCAUUGCUGCAAGGAUCAAGAGUUACAGUGCCUUUCGUCGCAGUCAGAAGAAGAACAAAGUCAGAAGUGAUGUGGAUAAAGAGAAUGCAAGUUGCUCUCCAGUUGACCCAACAGUUACAUCUCUCCCACAAGAGGUCAGUCCUACUUCUGCAAUGGAUGAGGAAAAGGAAUCUGAAUUUAAUUUCAAUACUGAUAGUGAUGAAGAUAUUCUCUGGAGAAUGAGCAGGGGUUGUAAUGUACAGAAAGAGGAUACCACACCACAUUAUAAGUCAGUUGAUCAGAGCUCUUACAAGGCAAAGUACUUCACUCUUCUAUCUGCAAUGAAGCAAAUACAAAACACAUUUCUUAGGGCUCAACAAAAUGCAGAGAAGAAUGUAAAAGCAUAUGACAAUUUUGUGAGCAAUAUGAAAUCCAUUCUCGGCACAGAAAGACAGAAGAACUCUCUCCUGAGUGAAGAGCUGAGGAUGAAGAAGGGAUCUGUGGAGAGACUGCGUAGUGAGCUUGAAAAUACCAAAGAGCAGUUACAAUUUAUGAGAGAUGAAAAAGCAAAUAUGGAGAAGCAUGGGCAGGAAAAAGGUGAAAAGGAAAAGGAUUCUCUUGGAGAAACUUCAGAAACAAAUAACAAAGAGCUACAGCAAAUGAUCGAAGACCAAAAGAGUGUGAUUAAUUUUUACUCUCUACUUACGGGAAUUUCAAUGUCACGAGAGAACACGUGUGAAGAUACAAGCUCCUUUAAUAGCUUCAAUUGCAUUUUCUUUCCUGCUGAGAAAACAACUCAUCGUUUGCAGUUUAGGUUGACUCACGACAAAGAAUUUGAUGAGAUUGAAUACAGUCCCAACCCAAAGAGCCCUGGUUCCGAAGAUCAUCUGCUGCACUUGCCCAAUUAUCUCCAGGAUAAUAUGUUUUUCGGUUCUGAUCAGGCUUCGAAUUUUCUGGAAAAAUUGCUCAAGACAGUUAAGGAGUAGAAGUGUAGUGUGACUUUAGUUAUUAACCAGUUUAAAGCAGGCUAUUUUUUUUUUGUAUCAGCGCUUCGUCACUAGUUUGUCUUUGAACGCAGGAAAUUUAUCGUCACACCCAGGCAUACCUCUCCCUAUUUGUCUCAAAUCCAGGUGUGCAAGGGGAUCCGGUACUGAUAAUGAUUAGUGCCAGACCCCUGGCAAACCUCUCCCGCUCGUCUUCCCGCGGGCGGAGAAACGCGCGUAGUGCAGCGCAGGCUACCAGUUUGUUUAGUUUAAAACAGUCAUUUGGUUUUAAAACUUUUUUUUUCUUUGAUACAAAUGAUCCAAGAAACCUUUCAAAUUAAGAAUCUGAUAGCAAAUCUUCCAAUCACUUUUGAAUCAGUAAUUUUGAGUAGUGCUUCUUCGCUUGAUUCAGAUAGUCUUCAAGGACCGAUCAUGAUUCAUCGCAAGGGGGUGAGUUCGGAGGAUUUUUGUUACGUCGCAGUAAAAUUUAAGGCUCUAGGCUCUGCAUCAAUUUUUGUACAGUCCCCCCCCCUCUACGUUCUAGUUCUCUGUUGUCGACUAGCCCCCCCUCCCUCGUUCCCCCUGAGACCAUGUGAUCUUGCCAAAAAAUCCUCUCUUCUCCUCCCCAGACAGUAAGUAAUGAGUGGUCCCUUAGCUAUUUACCAGUUUAGAGUAGUUAUUUGGAUUUAAAACUGUCUUUUGUCCGAUACAACUGAUGCAAGAAACUGUUCUCAGUGCAAGUUUAGAGUAACGCCUCCUUCCCUUCAUAAAAGUAGUCUUUAGUAAAUAUGCUUUGAAAAGGAAGCUAGCAAAACUUUAGAAUUGUCAUUUUGUCUUCAAAACUUGACUUGUUUUCUUUACAAAUCCAUCUCUGUAACUUGAUAUCGAUUUCAUUUUUGAAAUGCCGGAAACUUAGCUCCUUUCGGACACAUAUGGCAUUCCUCUGACUUUUUCAAAUCAAUACUUUAUUCGAUUCUUUCUUUCCCAGUGAUGUUUGUUUUAUUUUUAAGCGAUCGUUGCUUGUUUGUUUUUGUUUUUCUUGUUUUUAACAUUACAAAUAUUUUAAUGAAUUUGUAGGUUUGAUAUCACAAUAGUCAGUCAAGUCUGAUUAGUUAAUAAUCUGAGUACUCACAUUCCAUCCUGCAAUGUUCUGUUUUUUUCUCGUCGCAUGUCUCACUGGUGGAAGGGUGACACACCCGUAGACACCAGGUCCGUUUUGUUUGUAUUUUGUUUUUUUAUUUGUUCGUUUAUUUUUUGUUGUAUUGAACGCCAAUGUAAAUAGAAACCAAGUAGGCUCUGUGAAAAUAGGCACUAUUUAAAAUGGGUAUUAAUAUCACUUUGUCGGGCAGCAUCGCCGCUUUGCGGGCUAAAAUGGUGACUUUGACGAUUCCUUAAUUGUUCAGACUUUUUUUUUUUAUAUAUCUUUUUUCUUUUUUUGUUCUCAGUGCCCUCCAAAUUGAUACUAAUAGUAAUACACUUUGCUUUCGUGGGCUUAAAUGCAUUUUACAUGGGCUCUUCUCUUUUGGGUCGGGCCCAGAACACAUUUAUGCCCGCGAGCUUAAAAUUAAACCAUUUUAGUACCACCAAUGAAAAAACCUCCCACGACGCUGCUUUUGUAAAAAUCACUGCUUUGGAGA